UGUUACAGAGAACUCGAAUCUGUAACUCACAAUAGAGGAGCGUCAGAUGAAUGUAAGGAGACCUAAGGAUGACAUGGUGAUAUCAGAGAAUGUGUGAGCUUGUUUUGGAUUACAUUCCUGGCCAACUCUGAAUGGGAAUACUCAGCAGAAGGCCUGUGAUGGAAACCUUACAUUAAGUGUCUUCCCAUCAGCACCGACAACAACAACACAUGCUAUUAUAACUUUGUGUCCUGAGGAGCGAGUGGUGGUGAGAGCUCUUCCACAAUGAGAGACCGUCUGGAGGAGCUGCAGAAGAGGGCUCAAGACUUUUCUGAGGCAGCAAGUGAGAAUGCCAACCCUUUCUCAGGGGAGGGGGAUGAUGAUGACUCUGUUUCGGUCAUAACACCCCAGGCUGUGGUGUUCGAGGAGGAGCCGAUCAUUGAGAAUUUCCUGUCUGAGGCUCAGCUAAUCCGAGAUGAUAUCACAGCGCUGGACAUAGAGGUCCUUAAGUUUUGCCAGCAGCAAAAGACCUUGGUGGCGACCAUGCGUCGCUUCAGUGUGAUGAAGAAAGAGAGCAGCAUAACCCGUGACAUCAAGCUCAAGGCUGAGAGCCUCCAUCGACGCUUAGACGCGCUUUCAAAACAGGCCCAAAGGACUGAGGACCAGCAGGGGCCUACUGCUGUUACAACAAGAAUACAACGCUCCCAGCAUGCAGCGCUUUACCGCAAAUUCCAGCAGGUAAUGCUGCAGUAUAAUGAAGGUCUGCUGACCAAGCAAGAGCACUGUAAGCACUUCAUUAUCCGGCAGCUGGAGGUAUCGGGAAGGGAUGUGACGGAGGAGGAGGUGAAUGAGAUGGUGGCCACAGGAAAAUGGGAGGUGUUUAAUGAGAACCUGCUGAAUGAUGCCAAAAUCACACGGUCACAGCUAUCUGAGAUUGAACAGCGACACAAGGAGCUGUUGAGUCUGGAGAACAAUAUGAAGGAGCUGAGGGACCUGUUCAUGGAUAUUUUCAUGCUGGUGGAGGAACAAGGAGCCUAUAUUGAACACAUCCAGACGAAUGUAGAGAGGACACAGGAUUACGUGGCCACAUCUAAUGAGAAGUUCAAGAUGGCCGCCAGAUACAAGAAGAAGAACCCACUUCGACAGCUGUGCUGCUGCUGCUGCCCUCCCUGGAGAUGCUGCUUAUAAAACAUGCCUUUUUCCCCCCUUAUUUUUACCUCAAUGCUCAUUGCAAAAUAAGGUUUUAUUUCAAAAGUCUCACUUACCUGUUAGGAGUGAGCAAUGUUGGAUUCAAGUACCAUUAAAGUGAAGGUUAUGGCAUUGCAGUUUUUGCUGUUGAACAGAGCAACGGUGAAGACGGAUUCAGCGGAGCGUAGAAAACAAUUAGGUUGGAAAGGCCGGAAUUGGUAUUUGAGGCACUUGUGUUUCUUUCAGGAGAAUGUGAGGCGACUGCUAUUGGAAGAGACAGUUCAGUGAGUGCUACUCACCAACAUAGCUGCUUAUUGGAGACCUUCACUGUCAUCUGACAGAGGUCAAAAACAAGGGGAGACCACUGACUCUGCCACUGCUAGAUCAGCAAGACUGAUUUUUUUCUUUUUUUUUUUUGAAAGAGCCCCUUAUUUUUUUCUGCCACAGGAGCUCCUAUUAAUGAUCAUUUAUUUUUUAUACAGUAUGUGCACUUUAAGACUUAUCUUUCUUUUCUUUUUUUUUUCAGCACAAACUAAAAUUUCAACGUAGAGUAAAAAGAUUCUCUUUCUAAGAGAUUUUGAGCCAUUAUGUAUUCAUUCUUGGCCCACACGCUGGGGAAAGAAGAACAUGUUUUACAAUUAGAUACUAGUCUCAUUUGCAUUUCAAAGUAUAAUCAUUUUUUGGUGAAAAAAAAAGUUAUUCUUUUAUUCGGUUUCACAGAGGCUGGGAUUCAAGUAAAACUUUGAAUAACGAGCUUUGAUCAAAAUAUUUCCGCCAUGCUGACAAAACUGUAGAAAAUCAUUGAAGUCAUUUGUUUAAAAUACGAAGGAAGAUUUGAAGUCGUACACUUCAGGAAAUAUUUCAUUUCUCUAGAUGUUUUGUAUUUUGGAGUGAAACUUCACCUAAUGAAUAUACUGGAACUGUUACACUGUUUGGAUGAAAAAAAUCUGCCAACAU